UUGCCAUGGCGAAGCGUCACUAUGACACCGGUAGCAGAAGGCGAGGCGUGGAUUCAGAGAUUUCACCAACUCCUUCAGUAAAACACAUAUUCCUCUUCAAAAGCUACAAUAUCCGCCGUAAUCGACCUCAUAUGCCGUUUUAUUAAAGGACAGACGACCAAAUAACCGCCUUCGCCCUCUCUUUACCGGAUCGGAUAAGGUUUUGCUAAUCGUUUGGCGUCGUCUCUACAGUAGAGUGUGUGUGUGUUGUCCUAGUUGCACGAUAUAAUCCCAGCUAGCUCGUCAUGUAGCUGGCUAGCGAGUUUGUGAGCCGUUACUCGAGCCACAUCAUGAAGAACCCGACUGUGUAAAUAUGGAUACUUAGAAGGGCACGAAACUGGACGGAUCCGAACUGACAGGAAGAGAAGAGGGAAAGAGAUCGGGAGGUUGGACUAGGAAAGGUUCUUCUGUUGCGAUUCAAAAUCGGGACGCCCAUAGUGCAAUAGCACUGUAUGUCGACAUGCUGCCUGCAAGCCUUUCGGCAACGACAUGAACGCAGAUCUAAUUGAUUAAAAGGAGAGACAUGGACUUGCAUGAGGAUAAUCAGGUGUCAGAGCACAGCCGAUUGUCUCACCACAGUGAUGAGAAGAUUUCAGAAUCUCCUUUUCGAUCUGGAAAACAGGAGAAAUACAGAAAAGACAUUGAGAGCUCGGUUGGGGAUCACGCGCGAACCAGAAUGCGAGACCCAGAUGGAGAUCCAGACCGGGAUCGCUGUUCGGAUGGAGAGCGUAGCAGUCCCUCUUUCUAUUCUGACGAUUAUGAAAACGUCUCACACUCAGAUCGGUCUCUCUCGCCGUCAGCCUCUCCGUCUCCACAAAGAAGAGGCAGGUCUAGGAGAGUGUCCAGCAGCCCCUUACAUCGAGCAGGUGUACGUAAAGGUGUGUCACGCCGUCUCCCGCCUCAAUCCCAUUAUCCUCAGCAGCGUUCAGGAGGUAUCCGAUCCCAAACUUUGAGCAAAGACGCUCCAUCCAAAGAAGUGGACCCAGUCACCAAACGCAUGCUGUCUGCCCGCCUGCUAAAGAUCAACGAGUUAAAGAAUGCACUGUCUGAGCUGCGGCUGCAUGCCGAUGAGUUGCAGCGCGAGAACCGUUUACUGCGACAGAUGCAGCUGAGGCAAGAGAAAGCUCUACAUCGCUACAAUGACACCGAGAGCGAGAUCUCGCAGCUGUUGUCUCGUCACAACAAUGAGACUCAUGUUUUGCGCGAGAGGUUGAGACGCAGUCAAGAGAACCAGCGCACAGCUGAGCGCAGCCUCAGGGAAACGGACGCCCAGCUCCAGCGUUGUCGCAGCCAGCUGCAGAAACUGCAGCAACUCGCAGAUGACCAGAAUCUUGGAGAAAGAGAGGAAUUGUCACGAAAGCUAACGUACACUCAAGGCAAAUUACAAGAAAGUGAACGCAGAGUGAAGGAGUUGGAGAAGAAUAUGGAGCUAAGCAGCGGGAGCUUUCAGAGGCAGCUAGCUAAUGAGAGGAAGAGAACUCAUGAUGCACAACAGGAAGUUAAAGCAAUACAGGAGGAAGUGGAGAGGAUUGGCACUAAACUAAAGGAGAAAGAAAAGGAGCUGGAUGCUCGGAACAUCUAUGCUAACAGGAUGCUGAAAGCUUCUUCCAGAAAAGAAGCUGAGAAUGGCAGCAAGCGAAAAGUCUUCAAUACAACCAGCACUAAGGCAGUACAGACAGAGUACAGAACGUCCUCACUGGACUUUCCAUCACCACCUCCAGCUCUUACCAACGAACUCCCACCUGACGACCAGACUGAUGAUUACCUCUCUCUUAAGCAGGAUCAGCAAGGCAGAGAACAGAGACCUAAAGAAGCAAAAGAAUGGAAGAUUCAAGAGUUUUGGAGGGAAAGGGAGAAAGAAAGAGACAUGGAAUCAGGGGUGGAACAAACAAGAGAGAAUGAGAGAGAAGAUGAGGCAAUGUAUGACAGAGAAAGAGAAAUGGAGCUGCUGAAAGACAAGGAGAGGCAAAGACUGCAUCAACAGCACAUUGCAAAUGAGAAGAACACAAAGGGAAACCGAGGCCUGGACAGAAAAGAAGAAGAUUGGAGAAUUGGCCUGUCUGUAUCCCACAGGGAGGAAGAGAGCAGGAAGCAGCGUGAACUGGAAGAGGUACAACUUAAAGCAAGAAAUCUAGAGAUCCAGGCCAUCAAUCCAGAGAGUGCAGAAGAGGAACGUCAACGCAAAGAGCAGCUACUAGCUAAGAUGCGUGAGAUCGACAUGCAGACUCAAGGUCAGGAUUCGGACUUCUUUUCCGACGACACAGGAAGUGUUCGCUCUCCUCCACGGUUGUCCGAGCAACGGAACCACAACGGUAUUUUCAAAUACACAGAACCAGAAGAGAAAGCAAACACACUGGCGAGUGGGAGAAGAGCAGGUGCUCUCCGAACACAUGGACCAAGUGAGGAUCUUGAUCUUGCUUUUGGCAGCUACGCCCCUUCUUUUGGUAAAUCUGCCCCCCGUGCUGGUUUGGGUGCACGCAAUGCAAAUCAGCCACCUCGAGAACUAGAUGAAGGGCUGGAUCUGGGUGGCCUGGUCAAAGACAGGAAGUCCAACCUCAUGCAGCAGCUUUUUGGGGCCUCUGCCACACCACCUCCUUCAGAUCCGUCCAGCAGGAUGGAGAUCCUAAGCCCACCUCUAACAAGCCAGUUCCCAUCAGGAUCAGUGGGUGGACGCAGGAGGGACACAGACACACCAAAUGGACUAAACAUCAGUUCUCUCUCCAACAAUAGGAGCACUCUUCAUGUGUCUGAGAGCCGACCCGCAGUCAGGGCCAUCACGUCAUUCGAUGACGACAUAGAAGAAGUCACACUCUGAAUAGGGCCCUUUUAAAGGAAAUACGAAUUAAUCAGUUUUUUUGAAAACACAAGGAAAAAUCUGGAAACAUCUAAUAUUUUGUACUGAGCUCUGAUUAAACAAAGCUUAGUUUGCUAA